AUUGUUAUUGAGAUUAAUUUUGCUGACGAUCUUAACCAACCCAAUUAAUAUAUCUUUCUUUAAUGAUCAUUUAUCUUCUUACCCUCAUAAUCUCUCCGGUCAUCUUACCUUACACGCCUCACCUCUUCUGAGAAAAUUUUCCGGCGAUCGUUCCGUUUCGUAUUUGGGUUGUUUGUCAGGAGAUUUCAUUAUGGGGAAGACUGGAUUGUUUGAUCUGGAGAAACAGUUCGCCUUCUAUGGCGCUUAUCACAGCAACCCAAUGAACAUUUUCAUCCACGUUUUGUUUGUGUGGCCAAUCUUCUUCACCAGUCUCAUGUAUUUGUAUUUCACCCCUUCAUUCUACACAAUUCCCAAAUCCCCUUGUGGGUUUGACCACGGCUUGGUUUUGAACUUCGGAUUUCUUUUCACUUUAAUGUAUGCCGCAUAUUAUGUUGUUUUCGAUAAGAGAGCUGGGUCCAUGGCUGCUUUGCUUUGUUUCGUUUGUUGGGUUGGAGCAAGCUUUAUCGCUAAUAAACUUGGUUAUUCUCAGACUUGGAAGGUUGUACUGGCCGCUCAGUUGUUCUGUUGGACCAAUCAGUUUAUAGGCCAUGGAGUAUUUGAGAAACGAGCACCGGCUUUGUUAGACAAUCUUGCACAAGCUUUUCUAAUGGCUCCAUUCUUUGUAGUUUUAGAGGUUCUUCAAAGUUUAUUCAAAUAUGAACCAUAUCCGGGGUUUAGUGCGAGUGUGCAAGCAAAGAUAAAAGCAGAUAUAAGAGAAUGGAAAGAAACGAAGGAAAAACUGUCAUAGAUUGAAUUGGCUAGACUUCAAAACAACCCUGCCUUGGAUUUCCCCUUGUAAAAAUAGUGUGGAAACUAACUACUUCAGUUGUAAAAUCUUUCUAUGAUAUUAUUAAACAUGUUCCUGCUUUUCAACCUUGA